AUGGAUGACCUUGAAUCAAGAGAAAUAGAAAAUAUUCAUGAUUACUUGAAGGGGCAUAGAGACAGAAGUAUUCGUAAUUAUAAAUCAACUGAAGGGAAUAAUGUAAAUGAUGUAUCAUCCAUAUACAGUUCACUAAAAAAGUAUAUAUUAAGAUUGACAAAUAUCAACAAUUUUAUAAAACAAGAAAAUUAUUUUUUAAGAAAGAAAAAUGAAGAAUUAAUUAAAAAAAAUAAUGAGGGAAAUAUACUUAAGAUUUAUCAAUAUAAAAAGGGGGUAAACGGAUUAUAUAUACACGAAAUAAAUAAAUUAAACAAUGAAAAUGAAUUUAUCAAGUAUAAAUUUCAAAAAAUGUUAAGAAAAAACAUUUCUUUAGAAAGAAAUAAUGCUGAAUUAAAUAACUCAUUAUUAAAUAGAGAUAAGCAAGUAUUAAGUCAAAAUGCUAAAAAUGAAAGCAUAAAUUCUGUAACUAAUAAUUCAGAUGAGAGGUAUAAACUGUACAAAUUAUAUGAAAUGGAUAAUAUGGAUGACAAUCAGAACAAUCACAUUCUAGACAUCAAUGAAUACAACAUUGUGGAUAAUAACAUAAAUUAUUUAGCUCAUAAUAAUUCAAUUAUGAUGGAGCAUAAAAUAAAAAGAAUACUUAAAUGCGCAAACAUUUUAGAAGAUAUACUGAACAUCCUUAAUAGCAAUAUAAAAUAUGAAGAACCACUUAUAUUUCAAAGAAACAUGAAAAAUAUGAAAAUUGAAAAGGAAGAACUUCUAAUGCAGAAUGCAUUUUUAAAAGAAAAAAUUUUACAAAUAGAAACUUUUAUUUUAAAUGAUCCUUUUUUAGUAGAAAAAUUUAAUUAUUUUUAUGAUUCCACAAAUAAGAAUGUUGAUAACUCGAUAAAAAACAACUUCAAAUUAUAUGGAAAUAAUAAUGUCAAAAUGCUAUACCAUGAUGUACGCGCUUUAGAAAAUAGAAAUGUGGAUUUAAAGAAUGAGUUAUUAAACGAAAAAAAAAAAUCUUUAAUUUAUAAAACGUAUAUGUAUAAUAUGAGAGAUAAAUUAAAAAAUGACUUAACAGAAUUGUACAAACUAAAUAAUGACAGAAAUGUAAAUUAUAAUAAUUUAAAUCAACUUUACAACACAAGUUGUUCCAAAAAUGAAAAGGAAAAUCUGCAUUAUUUAAAUAUCAGCGAUUAUGCAAAUACUACAAAUAACAGCUUUGAAGAAGAAUCGAAAAAAAUUACAAGGAAAUAUAAGAAUUGUUUUACUGACAUGAAUAAUACAGAAUACCUUAGAAUGUUUAAAAUGAACAGCUCAAAAAUUGAUAAUAAUCAACUAAUGUUGACUCAAGUGUGGAGGAGGAUUAAGAAAAUGGACGAAGACAUUGACUAUCUCAAAAAAAGGAAAAAUGAAAAUAAUUUAAGGCAAAACAAAAAAGACAACACAAGUCCAGAAGAAUUAGAUGAUAGUAUGGAAGAUGAACUAUACUAUUUUGAAAUAAAAAAAUUAAUAAAUAAAAGAAAAAAAGAACUUGAUGAUAUUUUAAAAUCAGAUUUAAAUAUUUUGGGAAAAAAAACAAAUGAUAAUAAAAUAUUAAAUUAUCAUAAAUUAAAAUUAAGUAAAAAAAAAGACGAUACACUGAUUAAUGCACGUUUCAACAAUAAUGAAGACAACAUCCUAUUUCUAGGUAACCUCAAAAAUCAUAAACGAAUUAACAGCCUUAGGAAUUAUAUUAAUAAUAAAAUUAUUUUUCAAUAUAUGAAAUAUAAAUGUAUGUAUGACUACUAUAUGCAACAAAAAGGUAUGUAUAAAAAACAGAUAAACCAAAAACAGUUGAAUGCUUUUUUUAACAAACAUGUGCUAAAUAUUAAAAAUGGUCAUGUUUCACAUUGCAAUCAAAAUUUACGUCCUAAUAAUAUAAAAAAUAAUACGGUGGAGCUACUACAGUAUAUCAAAAAAAAAAAAAAAAAUGAUUUGAAAAAAUAUAAUAGAAGUUUAUCUAGAAAUGAGGUUACUGACAAAAGGGAAAGCUUAUAUAUAGAAGUAGAAAAGACAGAGUAUCAUGACAAAGAAGCCAAAUAUUCUUCUGGUGAUAAUAAAACAAAGGCCAUUUAUCAAGUUGAACGAAAGAAAGAGAAAAAAUCAACAGAAAAGGGAAGCAAAAGGAAAAAGGAGAAAGAGAAAAAUAGUGACAGCGAAAUAAAAAGAGGAGAAAUAGACAGAGAAAGUGAAAGAGAAGGAGAAAUAAAUAGAAAAUUCGAAAAGGGGAAAGAAGAAGAAAAGAAAGAGAAGCAUACGGAUAAAAUGAAAGAUAGAGAAACAGAAAUUGAAAGGGAAAGUGAAAGAGAAGGAGAAAUAAACAGAAAAUUCGAAAAGGGGAAAGAAGAAGAAAAGAAAGAGAAGUAUACGGAUAAAAUGAAAGAUAGAGAAACAGAAAUUGAAAGGGAAAGAGAAAAAGAGGCAGAAAAAGAAAAGAAGAAAAAGAGGCAGAAUAAGAAAAAGAAAAUGAAAAAAACAGAAAUAAAAAGAGAAAUAGAAAGAAAAAGUGAAAGAGAAAGCAAAAGAGAAAGCAAAAGAGAAAGCGAAAUAGAAAGCGAAAAUGAAAUUGGAAAUGAAAAAGACUGUGACAUUACCAUCGACAUAACAACAAUUAGAGAUAACGAUGAAGAAUAUGUUUGUAGAUCUAGUAACGAUAAAUUAUUAAAUGAAAAUAAAGAGGAAAACAAUAGAGCUAACAGUAACAAAAUUGAUGAAAACAAUUUGGAAAACUUUAAGAAUCGAAAUGAAAAUUCAGAUAAAUUAUAUCCUAAUGAAGAGAACCCAAGAAGACAUGAUUCUUCUCUAGAAAUUUUAAGAAAGAAUAUUAAAAAUAUCAUUAAAGAAAAAACAGUAAAAAGAGGAAACAGUAAAAAUGAAAAAAAUGAACUAAUUUGUUCGUUUGAUAAGGGAUCUAUAUCAAUUGAUGAAACAUAUCAUAGUAAGAGUAGUACCAAAUCUCUUGAAAAUAAGUGCAGUAUUAUAUCUUAUGUAACAGAUAAAAAUAUAAGUCAACAUAGCAUAAAAUUUGGCAUGUCGAGAAAAUCAUUUGAAGUAGAACAAAUUAAAGAGGAAAUAAAAGCAAUCACAGAAAAACAAGAAAAUAAUAAAAAUGUAGAGUAUAUAGGUGAUAACAACAACAUUUAUAUAGAUGAAAUUAAAUUAGAUACUACGAAAGAAGUAUAUAGGAAAAACGUUAAAAAGAAGAGAAGUUCAAGUUUGUCACUUAAUCCAAAAAAAGAGGAAAGUAUUGAAACAGUCAUUGAAUCAGACAGUACAAAAAAAAUGAAAGAAGAGGAAGACGUUAGAAGUCUAAUCAGCGAAAAUGGUUCAUAUACUUUAGAAAAAAAUAAAGAAGAGCAAAAAAUAGGAAGGGUGAAAAGCAUGAAAAGUUCAGGUAGCACAAAUAACGAAAAUGAAGAAGAGCAAGAUAUAGAAGGGGUAAAAGGCAAGAGAAAUUCAGAUAGCACAAAUAACGAAAACGAAGAAGAGCAAGAUAUAGAAGGGGUGAAAGGCAUGAGAAGUUCAGAUAGCGUAAAUAACAAAAAUGAAGAAGGGAAAGAAAUAGGAUGGGAGAAAAGCAUAAGCAGUUCAGGUACUUUAAAUCAAAUUAAAAGGAAGAACACCAUGAAAAACGUAAUAUAUUCAGAAUUCGUGGAUAAAAAGGAAAAAAGGGAAGAAGAUAAAAAUAUAAAUGUGAAUGAUAAUUCAAGUGUAAAUGCAAUCAAAAAUGCAAUUGAAAAUGCAAAUCAAAAUGCAAAUCAAAAUACAGAUGAAAAUGUAAAUACAAAUACAUAUUCUAUUAAUAGUAGUUUAUCUCAUGAAAAUAGGAGUAAUGAGCUUAGUGUCAAAAAGGGGAGUUCCGCAGAUAAUGACUUUAUGAAAUUAGGAAGUGAAUACUCUGAACAAGACUUUUUUGAAAAUAACAAAUAUUCUAAAGUAAAAAUUCAUCUGUUCAGAGAAACACUCUAUCAUUAUGAUAAAAAUGUGUACACUUUUUUUUUGAAUUUAAUAUUACAUAGUAAGACUGGUUUAAUAGAGACCUACCAAAACAAGAUAUUUAAUGUACAAAUAAAUGCAGAUUAUAUUUUACAGUAUAUUUUACGUAAUUAUUUGAAAUCAGAUAAACACAGUAAUAAAAGUAAAGAGAUUAAGGAGAACAUAGGAAAUAAAGAGAAUAAAGAGAACAUAGGAAAUAAAGAAAAUAAAGAAAUAAAAGAAAUAAAAGAAAAUUUAGAUGUAGUUAAGAGCCUAAGCGAAGUUGAAUAUAAACUGGUUACUGAAUACAUAUGUAAUAACAAUAACACGUCGUCAUUGAAAACAUUAUAUCAUAAGAUUAAUUAUAUAACGAGUGAAAAUUAUGAAGAGUUUAAAGGUAGAUUAUUAGAAGGAGGCGUAAUAAACUUAAUUAAUCUGUUUCAUGAUGAAGACAUAAAUAGUUUUGAUAAAAUUUUUGAUGUUUCGUUUGUAAAUUUUUGUGAUAUAGUUGGAAUAUCUAGAGAUUCAUGCUUAUACCAUUUUAAUUAUAUGGAUGAAAAGUAUAAAGGGAAAAGAUAUAUUUAUCUAAAGCAUAUACUUUAUUAUUUAGACAUAGAAACAUCCUUGAAAGAAGAAUACCACAAGAACAAUUUUAUAUCAAUGCAUAUGAAGAAUUUAAUGUAUAUAAAUAUUAGUGAAAAUUUUGAUAAUUUAAAUGAAUUUUUUAAAUCAAUAAGAAAGAAAAAUAAGUUAUAUAUAAACGUGAAUGAAUUUAUUUUUUUUUAUUAUGAACAUGAAAAAAUGAAAAAAUACAAUUUCUCACAAGAGGAUAUCAUAUCUUUAUAUUAUUCUAUUGUUUUUUAUGUUUAUUAUACCAACAAAAAUAAAAUAUUACAAACGCUGCAUUUUUCAAAUGACAGUAAGAGGAGUGGAAGCCACGAUUUGAAGAUUGGAAGCAGUCAGAGGAAUGGUAACAUCAUUGAAAAUGGUGAUGGCAUUGAAAAUUGUAACAGUAUUGAAAAUGGUAAUAGCAUUGAAAAUGGUAAUAGCAUUGAAAAUGGUAAUAGCAUUGAAAAUGGUAACAGAAUUGAAUAUAAUAACAAUGAGCAAAAUAGUACCAUAGAACAAAUCAGUAACAACAAGAAGAAAGGAAGCACCGUUAACCCCAACGUGCGAGGAAAAACUGUACAUACAAAUGCUAAAAAUAAAAACCAUAACAAUGCACAUAUCCUAGACGAUGGCUAUAAUUAUGUGAACUAUGACUUGUCAUUGUAUAAAGAAUAUUUCACUAUAGAUGAUUUUAAUUUUGUUAUUGAAAUGAAAGAUCUUUAUUUUUAUUUUGAAGGGUCUGAGUGCCCGUUUUCUAAAAUUAAAAGGAGAAUUAUUGAAAUAUAUGGAUCUUUGAAAAAAGGACUACUAAUAAAUAAAGAAGUUUGUGAUGAUGACAGGAAUAUAGAUAAUGAUGAAAUAAGUAGCAGUUCAUCUAUUAAUACUGAUGCACUAAAUUCAAUGUCAGACUCGUUCAAUUUGUUUAUGAAAGACAGAUAUAGAUAUAAGCAUUCGGAUAAACUUUCUUUUUAUGAACGAGAAACAUCUUUCAGUAAAACAGACAUACGAAUGAAUAAAAUAAACAGAAUAAGUAAAAAGAUUUUUAUGUGCUUAAUGUAUAAUAUAGGAAUACAUUUAAAUCAUUGUUUAACAUUAUGGGAUAACUUUUUACCUUUUUUAGAAUGUGAUUUAUUAGAUUAUAAAAUAUUCUCUGCCUUUUUGAACGGUAAAAUACACUUAACUAGUCAUGAAACAGAGGAAACUGUUAAUAAAAUAAAAAAAAAUCUAAUGCAUAAUAAUGAAGAGAAGGAUUCAAAAUAUAUACGUAACCAUAAAAAUAUAUUACAAGGUACAAUAUGUUCUCGACUAUUCACCAAUUUAGAGGAAAUGACUUCAACAUAUGAAUUAACUGCUGAUGAAAUAGAGGCAGUCAUUCAAGUUUUGAGUAAUGUUCAUCCUUUCAACUUUUUAGAUAAAAAUGAAAAAAAGAUAUUUAUACAAAAAUUAAAAAAAAAAUGCUACAAAAAAGGACAUGAUUUUGCUUCAUCUGAAGAGUGUCAUAAACAAAAGAGCAAAGAAAGAAAGUUCAAAAUUAAACCAUCAGAUAUAAAUUACAUAAACAAUGAAUUAAUUAUUCUGUUAAAUGGAAUAUUAAGGCAUAACAAGGAUUCUAAUUUUUUCAUAAAUAGUGUUAAUGUAAUAAAAAGGGAUAAUUUGUGUAAUUAUGUAGCAUACACUGCUACUGCUACAAUAGAAGUAAACAACUCUCAUUAUACGGACGAAUUUAUCCAUCUAAUAAAUCAAAAAAGAGAAAUUUCUCAAGAAUUUAUGAAAAUUAUAGACCUCAUACCAAUAUUUAAAAAUUUCCCAUAUGCUUUGAAAAAAGGCUUAUCUAUUAAUGUUCAAAAAUGUACAUAUGAGAGGAAAAAAAUAAUAAUAAGACAACAUGAUGAUCCAACAAACUUUUAUAUAUUGAAAGAAGGAAAAAUUAGUUUCUAUUGUAAUAAUAGAGAAGAUACACCAAUUAACACUAUGUCACAAUAUGGCUUUUUUGGGGAAGUGUCACUUAUGUUUAACACAUUGAGAACAUGUACAGUAGUGGUCGAAUCGGAUACAGCUCAUUGUUAUUCUAUUUCGAAGGAAUAUUUUUUAUCCCUAUUAAACAAGGAUGUAGCAAAGGAGUUCAUACAGUAUUUUCGUGAUAACUACACGGAAGGUAUUCAGCAUAUUAUUUCAAAUUAUGUUUUUACAAAUAUAAGAGAUACAUCCAUGCACCAGGGGGGAAACGGUGCAAUAAAAGGUGCAGUAAAUGACACCACAUAUGAAGCUACAAAUGAUACCACAAAUGAAACAACAAAUGACACCAUAAAUGAUACGAUGAACAAGAUAAGCAGCAGGAGUGCCGAGGACUAUUUUACCUUAUCGAAGGAAAAUGCUCAUAUAUCAUCCAAAGAUUCUAAUAAUAGUGAUGUUCUAGAUGGUUAUAAAAAAUGGAAAACCCUUAAAAGCGCAAGUCAAAUUAGUGCAGAUAGCAUAAGUAAAAAACUAUCCUCUGUUAUACAUUCAACUGAUAAUAUUACAUUAGAAGUAGAAUAUAUUAAUGAAAGUUGUAUAAAAUCAUUUAACAGCGAUUUAGAUAAACUUCUUCUGAACAUGUUCAACACAGAGCAAAAAUAUUUUGUUGAAGAAAUGGAAUCCAAUUUAAUAAAAACAAAAAUUUUUAAAAAAAUAUUAAAAAAUAUGAAAGAUAAAGGAAAAUUCUUGAAAAAUAUAAAAUAUGAAAAAUAUCCAAAAGGAAAACAUGUACUGUUAGAAGGCGAUUACUGUGACAAAUUUUAUUUUAUUAAAGAAGGUGAAAUAUCAAUAAAGCAAUUUAAUCAAUAUAAAAAUAUGUAUGAUGAAAUAGCUCUUUUUAAAGAUAAACAAUAUUUUGGUCAUCAAUUAAUAUUAAAUAAGAUGAAAUCUUUUUUUAUCGCAGUAGCUAUAACUGAUAGUGAAUUAUAUACAUUAGACGCGUUGCUAUUUGAAGAAUUUCUUUCUCCAUUUAUUGAAAUACUUAAUAGAACAAAAGAUGUGAACCAAAUUGAUACCUUGACAGAAACGAUAAACAAUGAUAUUCAAACAAAGAAAAAAGAUAAUGAUUAUAUUGUAAAGGUAAUAAAAUUUUUUAAAAAAGUUAGUAUUGUUCAAAAAUUAAAUGAUGAUGAACUGUAUAAUGGGGCUAAAAAUUGCAACUUAAAAUUUUUUAAAAAAGGGAAAACUAUUAUUAAAUAUAAUGACACACCUGACUUUUUUUAUAUUAUUAAAAAGGGUAUUGUUUCUGUCAAUAUCGACAAUAAAGGACGCGAUUCUGUAGAGGAAAAAAGCUUACAAAAAAAUGGGGAAUAUAAAAAGAAACAUGCAGAUGAAAGUCAUAACAGUACAUCCGUCUAUUUAUAUAAGUACGAUUACUUUGGUGAGUUAUCCAUUAUAAAUGAUCAGUUAAGAACAGCUACAUGUAUAGCACAUACAAAUUGUUUCUUACUAGCUAUAGAUAAAGUGUCUUUCAUUACUUACUUUAGCAGUCUAUUUAAUGAUCUAUUGCAAGAGGCGGAGAUCAGAUACACAAAAAAUUAUUCUUUACCCUCGUGGCUAAAAUCUGUAUAUGGAAAUGAACUUAACCAAAACACACAUUCCUUAUCAAUAAAAAUACCUGAUUUGGGAAGCUCCUUCAGUAGUAUUUCGGACGAUAGCAGCGAGAUGUUUAGCUUUGAAAAGGAAAUAAAUAAAAAGUUGAGGGAGAAAACAAAAAAUAAAAAUAAAAAAAAGAAGAGGGAAAAGGGGGAAGGAGUAUCAGCAGCAGACGAAAAAGGGGAAAAGGAAGAGGAAGAUAUAGGCAAAAAAAUAGGUGACAAUUUUAAUUUCCUUAGAAGGAGCAUCAAGACGGACGAGCUUAACAGCUCAAAAAGCUUCUUAAGUGAUGGUAGUAGUCUAACAAGUAUAAAUAUCGAUGAAAAACUCCAAGAAAUACAAAUAGAAAAGAAACAAAAAAUAGAAGAAAUUAAGCUAAAAGAAUUAAAGGUAUUCGAAAAGAUAAAAUUAAAAGAAGAAAAAAAAAUGAGGACGCUUACCAAAAAGAAAAAGUGUGCUGUGAGCGCAUAUAGCAACAAGGAUAAUCACCAAACCUUAUAUAAACUACCAAAUAGUAGUAAAAAAAAGGAAAAUGAAGUGAAAAAGGAGACAACUGAGGAUAAAUCAUAUUUGCAUAAUAAACAUGACAAAAUAGUGCCAAAUGAAGAAAAAGACCUAAGCAUAGGAAAACAUGCGGUACAGUGUUCAGUGGAAAAUAUAAAGGUGACAGAUAAGGAUAGAGCUACUAAGAAAAAAAUGAACGAAAAAGAAGCUCGUGCCGAGAGUAUAAGUGAUACUAGCGUAAGCGACACACGUACAAGCGAAAGCCUUAAACCCGCUUUUACCCAAAAUUCGUCCAGUAUUUUAAAGAAGAAAACAAGCUCCUCUAUUUCGACACAGCUAACUACGGAUAAACUGGUAGAAAAAUUAAUGGGUUUUAUAUGUUCAGAGUACAAUUCUAUUUUUCACUUUUAUGAAAGUAUAGAUAAAUUUAAUACAGGAUAUAUAAAGUACGACAAUUUUUUGAGUUGUAUGACUUUGUUAAAUAUGGAAGAAGUUUUUGAAGGACCAGAAAAUGUGGAAAAUUUAUUUAAAUAUUUAUGUAAUGGUAAGAACGUUUUGACUCUGACCGAUUUUUAUAAAAUUGUAUAUAAGGAUAAAGAAAUAGAUAAGUAUAAAUUAAAUUUAAGAUUAUGCGAAGUGUAUGGUAAUAGUAUGUUGGCUUUUAAGAAAAAUGUUGUUAUAUUAAAUAUGGAUGACUGUUUAUGUAAUUACGCAAAUUUUGAAAUAGUUUGUGAAAAGGUUGGACUCAGUAAAAUGAAUAUUAAAAACAUAUGGGAUGAAAUCAAUAUAAUGAAUGAAGAGAAUAUACCUCUAGAAAUUAUCCUUAGUAUAAUAAAUGGAGAAUUGUAUAUUGAAGAAUCUUAUACAAUAUAUAAUGCUAAAAAAUCUAUAUUAAAUCAGGUAGUUCAUUUUUUUCAAGGUAAUGAAGAGGAUUUAACCAAAAUGAGUUCAGAUGUUAUGGAAAAUAAUUUUCAAGUAAAUUAUGAGGAUCCAAUAAUUAUGAACAAAUAUCAUCAUAAAUCAUGCUCAAAUGAAUGGGCACAUAUAGUUGAAUUAUUAGAGACAAAUAUAUAUUUUAAGUAUUUAACGUUAGAACAAAGGAAAUUUUUUGCGACUUUAAUGAAUAGAAAAAUUAUGAAUUAUGGUGAAAUAGUAAUAAAUCAGUAUGAUGAACAAGGACCUAUAAUAUUUAUAUUUGAAGGUAAAGCUAAUCUUAUUACGCGUACUAUAUUUGGAAUAGAAACUAUUAUAAGAGAAAUUGAUAAUAAGGAAAUAUAUGGAUGUUAUGAAGUCAUCAAUGAAUCACCAGCAUAUUAUGAAGUAAAAAUAAAUUCUGAGAAUGCUAUUGUAUGGGCUUUAAAUAGAUCUGAUUAUGUAGAUAACUUAAAACCAAUGUUAGAAGAAAGAAAACACAAUUUAAUUCAUAUUUUGCAUGUACUUCGAAAUGUACCUAUAUUGAGAUAUCUCCCACAAGACAUACUUGAUAAUAUCUCCUAUGCAUUGAAAGUUGAAUAUCAUGAAGCUAAUCAUACUAUUAUAAAAGAAAAUACAUAUGACGAUAAAUAUUAUAUCAUUUGUAAAGGUUUAGCAACUGUUGAAAAAAAUUCAGAAAUUAAUAAAAAUAAGCUUAUCUUAUCUACCCUUAAAAAAGCGGAUUAUUUCGGAGAAUUGUCCCUUAUAAAAAAUACUAAAAGAACAGCUAACGUUGUUUUAGACACACAUAGUAUACUGCUCUCAGUUGUUGAUUCAGAAUUUCAUAGAUUAUUUCAUCCAUAUUUUGAUAAAUUUCUAAAUAGAGCUGAGGCAAAUUAUAAAAAAGUUAAUAUAAACGAUAAACUCCUAUUAUUUACAGAAAUGGAAAAAUUUAGCAGUAACUCAAAUAUCGCUUAUAUACCCUCCAAAAGAAAGAAAACUAAACGUGUUACUAUACAAGACAACUAUGAUAUAGAAGAUGUUACACACAGCGUCCAAAAUAAAACUAAGGGGGGAGGUGUAAGUUCUUUUUACGAGGAAAAUGCCAAUACGGAUGAGGUUAAUUAUGGCCAAACUGUAGAAAAGGAUAAACGUGUAUUUGGUGCUGCAGACACACAUGAACAUAGUGAUAAGAAGAAAAGGACAGAUAAAGAGAACGGCAGCAAAGAGAAGGGAAACAACGAGAAGAAUAUAGCAGAAAAGGAUGAUAAAAAAAAGAAUGUCAUAAGGAGGAAUAAAGAGAAAGAAAAGAACAAAAGUAAGAAUAAAAAAAAGGAGAAAACUUGA